CCAAGCGGGCUCGAAACUUGGGUUCUCAGCGUCUGAGCCUGAGGAAGUUUUCUGGAAGCUAGUAACCGUCUCUACGCUUCGCGGGUAACGUCAAACACCGACGUCACGCUCGGCCCAUGCGCACUACUCACGUCUCUCUGCCUCGCCCUGCGCUCGCUUCCGCGAUAGCUCUCGACGCAUGCGCUCUAGGCGGCUGGCGUUCUCGCGCAGCCGCACUGUCUGCGCUCGGUCCCUUGCGCAGGCGCAGUGUCUGAGGCUCAGACCUGGGCGCAGGCGUACUCGUCUCUCUUCCAUCCUGCUUCCUGAGCCCUUGGAGCUCGGCCCGGCUCGGGUGGGCCUCGACAGCAGCGGUACCGGGGGCGGCAAUAGUGACAGCGACUGCGUGAGAGCCGGACGGAAAUGGUGAUGGCGAUGUCAGAUAGCGCGGCGAGCCGCCUGAGGCGACAGCUGGAGUCGGGCGGCUUCGAUCCGCGGCUGUACGUGAAGCAGCUCUCCCAACAGUCGGACGGGGACCGAGACCUGCAGGAGCACCGGCAGCGCAUCCAGGCGCUGGCGGAGGAGACGGCGCAGAACCUGAAGCGCAACGUCUACCAGAACUACCGGCAGUUCAUAGAGACGGCCCGCGAGAUCUCCUACCUGGAGAGCGAGAUGUAUCAGCUCAGCCACCUGCUGACCGAGCAGAAGAGCAGCCUGGAGAGCAUCCCUCUAACCCUGCUGCCGGCCGCCGCUGGCUUUUUCCCCAGCCCUGGGGGCGCCUCCCGCGACAGUUCCGGUCCAGGCGAGGAGGGAAAGCAACGCACUCUCACCACCCUGCUCGAGAAGGUGGAAGGCUGCAGGCACCUGCUGGAGACGCCGGGACAAUACCUGGUGUACAAUGGGGACCUGGUGGAGUACGAAGCGGACCACAUGGCCCAGCUGCAGCGGGUACACGGCUUUCUCAUGAACGACUGUUUGCUGGUGGCCACCUGGCUGCCUCAGCGGCGGGGCAUGUAUCGCUACAACGCCCUCUAUCCCCUGGAUGGUUUGGCCGUGGUCAAUGUCAAGGACAACCCGCCCAUGAAGGACAUGUUCAAGCUGCUCAUGUUUCCCGAGAGUCGCAUUUUUCAGGCAGAAAACGCAAAAAUCAAACGAGAGUGGCUGGAAGUGCUGGAGGAAACCAAGAGGGCCCUCAGUGAAAAAAGACGCAGGGAGCAGGAGGAGGCAGCGGCCCCUCGAGGGCCACCGCAGGUGACAUCCAAGGCCAGCAACCCAUUUGAGGAUGAGGACGACGACGAACCAGCUGCUCCAGAGGUAGAAGAAGAUAAGGUAGACCUCUCGAUGGAAUGGAUCCAGGAGUUGCCUGAAGACCUGGACGUCUGUAUCGCCCAGAGGGACUUCGAAGGGGCCGUGGACCUGCUGGAUAAAUUGAACCAUUACCUAGAAGAUAAGCCCAGUCCGCCUCCGGUAAAAGAACUGCGGGCCAAGGUGGAUGAGCGGGUCCGCCAGCUCACCGAGGUGCUGGUUUUUGAACUCUCCCCGGAUCGGUCCCUGAGAGGUGGUCCCAAGGCUACCCGGAGGGCGGUCUCCCAGCUCAUCCGGCUGGGCCAGUGCACGAAGGCUUGUGAGCUGUUUUUGAGAAACAGAGCAGCGGCGGUGCACACGGCCAUCCGCCAGCUUCGCAUUGAAGGCGCCACUUUACUCUACAUCCAUAAGCUGUGCCAUGUUUUCUUCACCAGCCUUCUUGAGACGGCAAGGGAAUUUGAGACAGACUUUGCAGGCACUGACAGUGGCUGCUACUCUGCCUUUGUGGUCUGGGCGAGGUCAGCCAUGGGCAUGUUUGUGGAUGCUUUUAGCAAACAGGUGUUUGACAGUAAGGAGAGCCUCUCCACAGCAGCCGAGUGUGUCAAAGUGGCGAAGGAGCACUGUCAGCAACUGGGUGACAUCGGACUGGACCUCACCUUCAUCAUCCACGCCCUUCUGGUGAAAGACAUCCAAGGGGCCUUGCACAGUUACAAAGAAAUCAUCAUCGAAGCCACCAAGCAUCGCAACUCCGAGGAGAUGUGGAGGAGGAUGAACCUGAUGACUCCGGAGGCCCUGGGGAAGCUCAAAGAGGAGAUGAAGAGUUGCGGGGUGAGUAACUUUGAGCAGUACACCGGGGAUGACUGCUGGGUGAAUCUGAGUUACACGGUGGUUGCUUUCACGAAACAGACCAUGGGCUUCCUGGAAGAGGCACUGAAGCUGUAUUUCCCCGAGCUGCACAUGGUCCUCUUGGAGAGCCUGGUGGAGAUCAUUUUGGUCGCUGUCCAGCACGUGGAUUACAGUCUUCGGUGUGAGCAAGAUCCAGAGAAGAAGGCCUUUAUCAGACAGAAUGCAUCCUUUCUGUAUGAAACUGUCCUCCCUGUGGUGGAGAAGAGGUUUGAAGAAGGUGUGGGGAAACCCGCCAAGCAGCUCCAGGACCUAAGAAACGCAUCGAGACUGAUCCGUGUGAAUCCAGAAAGCACAACAUCAGUGGUCUGAUGUCUGGACCUGUUUCCGUGUCUACAUAUUGCUUAUAUAUUAUUUAUAUUUAUAUUAAGGUGUACUAGCAUAUUCUUUGUAGUCUCAAACACAGCCUAAAAGUAAAAGAUGCUUUCCAUAUAGAAAUGCAAAGUCAAAGGGGGAAGGAAAAAAUGUUAAAUUAAGCCCAUGUAACAAAAAACAUUGGAAUUAUUAAAAUAUAUGCUUUCCUUUUCAAUGAUGCUAACUCUCUAACGAGUAUAUUGCCACACUGUAGCAUUUCAGCUUACCCUUUGAGUCAAAACACACUUUCUCACAGUAUAUAUUAUGCAGCACAGAUAAACAAUAUCUAUACAUGCCUAGAGUUUAAAUAUGCUGUGAAAGGUUCCCAGCUCGCUAAGAUGUUAGGUUUCUUAAAGAGCACAGUAAAGCACGCCGUUUCACAUACUUCUGCACCUUAAAAUGUGAUUGAACGAUUUGGGGAAAAGAAAGGAGUUGAGAAAAUUGAUCUUAGGGUAAAUUUUGGUCAGAAGAAUGCCUUCUAGUUGGUGUAGCUGGCGUGUGGACUCGAAUACUCCGAUUCUGGUUGAAUACAAGAGGAAGCUGUCAGACGGUUUGGCCCACGUUGCCGGUGUAAUUUAAAUGGCUAAUUAGUUUCAGCUGCUGAUUAGCAGCUUAUAGUACUUGAUUUCAGAGCAUUUACUGGGAAAUCUUAAGGACUAUGAUAAGUAUGUAUUUUUUUUU